AUGCACGGCGUGCGGGGAAAAUGCCUGGCCCUCAGACUUGAAACGCAAACGCGAGCGGUCAAGCCCGCCUUACCGCAUCGGCUGUGCUGGACGGCGGGGCGCCUCUUGUCAAAGAAGAUCGACAUUGUCGCAACGAGGAGCAGGAUACCAAUCCAGAUAUGUGUACGUUAUUGCCAUGUACACUGGCUGGCGGAGAUCAAAGUCAGCAGCCGGCCGACGCCAGGGAUCUGCCCAAUCAGUCUACUACUAUACACUACUAAUCGUGCACGACAUCUCUUCCCGUUCGAGGGCGGCAUGCAUCUGCAUCCGUGA